AUGAACCAAUUCACACCAUCGCAAACGAAUCGAAUGUAUCCACUGAGACCAUUCGAGAAACGAAAUGAGAGUUUUGAUAAUUUUUCACCUACAAAUACUUUUCCUAAUAGACAACCACAUUUUCAACAAACAUCGCAACAAGAUCAAUCAACAAAUAUUCGACUAGAUACUGCAUAUCAGAGAGACAUAAUCACAUUGAGAGAUGAUUUCGAAGAUACAGAUGACGACGAGGGUAUAACUUGCUCAUGCAUUGUUAAAAAUGACAUAGAGUUCCAUCAAAUGUCUGCUCCAUUAUUGAAUGAAAUUCAAGAAAUCGAUAUACAACAAGCACUUAUAAUAAAAGAUUUAUUAUUUAUUCUACUAGGUUUUGAAGGAAACUACAUUUUAUACAGUAAAAAUUAUAAUUCGGACUCGAUGAAUUCAAGGAUAAAUGGCCCGGAGUACAGAGUAGCGAAAAAUUUAGAUAUCAGUUUGAAAACUGUUACCAAAAAGAUAAUAAAGUUGGGUAAACAAUACGAUGGACUCAAUAACUUUAUUCAAUUCUAUGACAACUCCGAAAACGGUAAGAUCAUACAAGCGUUUUGCAGCUUUGUAAAAUCGUUUUUCAAGGAAUAUUAUAAUGUAUUAUUACAAAUCGAACAUGAAUAUCAAUUUAAUAACAAAUUUAACAUCAACCUAUUGGAUCAGAUACUACAUCAAGAAAUCUCAAACAAGCUAGAACACCUUUACCAAAUAUGCCUAAGUAUACACGAGAUAAAUGUCGAAAGAAAAAAUCACAACGAAAUGGACAUCGAUGAUCUACCUCCAUCUACAAUAGAAUCAAACGAUCUAUACAAUGAUAAGAUGAAUACUUGCAAGGGAGGAUUGGUGCUACAAAUAAUACAAGACAGAUUAACAUUUUUCAAGGGAGACUUGACCUCUCUUAAAUUUUUACACUCAUUAUUAGACGCCAUCAGCGUUGAUUAUGUUCAAAUGUUAAAUAAGUGGCUAAGUGAAGGAACUAUAGAUGAUCCAUUUGACGAAUUUAUGAUUAAAAUUACUAAAUUACCAUCACAUCUCAAGCAAUACAUUGACACAAAGAAAGAAAUCUACUGGAAUGAGCUAUUCUUGAUCAAAAAAGAUGGUUUAUUGGAACAAUUCAACAACAAAGAAGUUCAAAAAAAAAUUUUAAACACUGGAAAGUAUUUAAGUAUCUUUAAAGCCUGUACAGGUUUACCAAAUUUUAAAUUUUUGACUAAUGAAGAUCAUAAGGUUACUAAACUUGAUAGUUUGAACGCUCCGGAUUUGAAUUUAAAAAUAAAUCAAUUUUAUCAAAGAGCCAAUAAUUUGCUACUUAAAUUAAUCUUUCAAGGCUAUAAAUUUAACAAUUUGAUAUCCAAUUUCCAAACUUUGUAUUUAUUUAACGAUUCAUUCAAUAUAGACAAAUUUUUAACUUCAACAUUUCAAGAAUUGAAGAAAAACAAGUUCAAAGUAUCAAGUUCCAAACUAGUAAAGCAAUACAAUGAAAUAUUUAUUCCUAAAAUUGAAAACAAAGUCGGAGAUGAAUCAUGCUCCUCAAUUGAUCAAAUCACUAUACAAAAUCAACAAUUUAAAAUUAGUGUUGAGAAUUUCUUUACAUUAAUUCAAGAAUUAGCUGAAAGAAAAGACAAUUUUGAUAUCAAUUUGAAACGAUUUUUUGAAAAUGGAAAUGAAAACAUGGAAGAUCAAUCAGACUCUGCUCCAAGAAACUCAGAGAAAUUUGAAGAUUUAACGAUUUUGAGUUGUGACUUAUCUAUACCAACUCCCUUUCCAUUAAAUUUAAUUUUGAAUAGACAAAUAUCAUAUCAGUAUGAGCUUAUGUUUAAGUAUUUAAUUAUAAUUAAAUUCAUUAGAAAACAAAGUGAUAUAAAUUGGCAUGAUUUAAAUACUUCAAAAAUUUGGACUAAUCAAUCAUUUGAACCAGGAAUUAUAAAAUGGAUAUUAAGAUGUAGAAUGUUACAUUCAAGAAUUGGUACAUUUAUAACUGAAAUUCAAAGCUACGUAAUGUAUGAUGUGAUACAAGAAAGCUACAAACAAAUUACAAAAGUGAUUAAAACAGCUCAAUCAAACUCAGAGGCAUAUGAUUUAAAGUCUAAUGGAAGUGAAGACGAUAUUAUCGAAUCACAACAAGAGCAAAACAUAUUUGGCACAAGAUUGACUAGUUCAUCAUAUGCAUCAAACUCGAUAUUUGACAACAAAUUGAAUUCAAAAAUGAACAAUUCGAAUAUGAAUGAUAGUAGUUCGAACAUAAUGAAUGAUAACACAACCGAUAUAACUAUAGAAAAUUUGAUUUUGAAUUUACAAACAUAUACAACUACUUUACUCAGUGAUUCAAUGUUAACAAGACCAGAAACAUUUCUUAUUAUUACGAAAUUAUUUGAAUUUAUAAUUCAAUUUCAAAUUUAUACAAUUCAAAUUAAAAAAUUUUUAAUACUUGUAAAUUUUGAAUUAUAUAAAAAUUUUAGUAUUGAAUUUCCCCAAAAAUUUGCUUCAAAACCUAUGGAUCAAAAUUCAAUUGAUAAGAGAAUUGAAUUUUUAAAUGAUUCAUUUUUCAAUCAAUAUGAAAAAUUUGGAAAUUUAUUAGCUAUAUUCUUGAAUAUUAUUAAAAAAUUUGGUGAAUCUGAGAAUAGAGUGAUUUUACAAUUAAGUGAUAGAUUAGAAGCUUGUUUUCCUGAAUAA